AGCAGUUUUAUAAAAAUUGGCAGUUGGUUAGUAUCGAUUAAAGAAGUUUCGAUUUAGAAAGUGAGUUCUUAGCAGAGACAACAGUAGCUUUGGAAACAAGAUGGCCUCCAAAAGUAUUAACAUCUUUGAUAUCCUUAAUAAGAAGUCUGACGGUUCAGAAUUGGAAGAUGAAGAAAUUCAGUGGUUUGUCAAAGAAGCCUCAAAAGUAACUAAUUCGGCAAUAAAUGAUAGUCAAAUAGGUGCUAUGCUAAUGGCUAUAAAACUUAACAAAAUGACCCCAAGAGAAGCGGCUUCUCUAACCAAGUCAAUGACAUUUAGUGGCACAGUGCUGCAAUGGCCCGAGGAGUGGCAAAACAUCCUGGUUGAUAAACAUAGUACAGGCGGUGUUGGGGACAAAGUCAGCCUUGUUUUGGCUCCGGCCCUGGCUGUAUUCGGUUUAAAAGUUCCUAUGAUAUCUGGUAGAGGGCUAGGUCACACUGGGGGAACAUUAGAUAAAUUAGAAUCAAUUGAAGGUUUUCAAGUUCAACAAAGCGAAGAGAGAAUCAGAGAAAUUGUAGAGCAGAUUGGAUGCUGCAUAGUUGGUCAAACAAAGAAUAUAGCACCCUGCGAUAAAAAGCUCUAUGCAAUUCGCGAUGUUACAGCAACUGUUAAUACAUCUAUUUUAUCGAAAAAAGCAGCAGCUGGUAUAAAAACGUUAGUUAUGGAAAUGACUUAUGGAGAAGGAGCUUUAAUUAAAACUAGACAAUUAUCUGAAGAACUCGCAAGAGAAAUAGUAAAAUUUCUAUUCAUUCAUAUUUUCCUUAUCACGCAUACAAUUGAUGUUGGAAAAGAACUUGGUAUGAAUAUCAUUGCUGCCAUGACCAAGAUGGUCUCUCCUAUUGGAAAAACCAUUGGAAAUGCUAUUGAAGUGUUAGAAGCGGUUGACACUUUAAACGGCAAAGGGCCUAAGGAUCUUAUAGAUGUUGUUUGUAAAUUGGGAGCUUGUCUCCUUCAAUCGACAAAUAUUGCAAAAUGUUUUGAAGAAGCAGAAAAAAUGAUGAGAUCUACUUUAAAUGAUAAUUCGGCGGCUGAAAAGUUUCGUUUGAUGAUUAUCAAGCAAGGUGUCGACGCUAAAUUAGCAUCUCAGCUUAUGAAGGACCCUAGAGAAGUUCUCAAGCUGGCUAGUAGAAAAACAGAAAUAAAAAGCAAUUCAAAUGGAAUUGUAAACGUAAUUAGGGGUCUUCCCCUAGCAAAAGUGCUAAGAGAACAUCACGCCGGAAGGUUUAGCGUAGAGGAUCAGCUGGAUUAUAAAGUUGGAAUAGAAAUUUUAAAAGAUGAAGGUGAUAAAAUAGAAAAAGGUUGGUUAUUUAAAGUUUAG